AUGUUCAUGCCUGGUGAGGUUCCGCACAAGAUGAAGAUCAGCAAGCUUCUUCGGAUAGAGGACUCCCGCAUGUGGCACCAGUACGAGAGGAGCUGUGCAUGCCUCUCCGAGGCUCGAACCCAAGAGGACGAGCCUGCGGAUAUCAUCCGCACGCCGUUUUCUGGCACUCUGCAGCCGAAGCCGCUGACGUGGCGCGUGGCGCCGGAGGAGCUGCGAAACCGGUUGCGCCUGGAGUGCAACGAGGCAUACCUGUGGCAUGGAACUGACCGGAAGAGUGCGGAGAGCAUCAUCGGACAUCACUUCGACAUGAAGCGGGCAGGGUCCGUCAAUGCAAAGGCUUUGGGCAGAGGUGCCUACUUUGCGGAGACGUCCUGCCUGGCCGACAAGUAUGCUCCGCUGGGCGCUGACGGCCUUCACUCCAUCCUCCUUGUCCGGGCUGCUUUGGGGCGUGUCUACGUCGAGACGCGGUAUACUAAGUGGCGUGGUGGCAGAUUAAAGCGGAUGGUGUCUGCCAAGAACGUGGUGAAGGAGGGCAAGUAUGACAGCGUGCUGGGGGAUCGGAAGUACGCCUUCAACACGGACGCACGGGAGUACUGCGUUUCCAAUACUAGCCAGCUCUACCCGGAGUACAUGUUGCUUUAUUCGCGGGAAGACGAUCCUGCCGCUUUGCCUGGGCAACCGGUCAGCUGA